AUGUUCUGGAAAAAACUUGACAGUCUCGUGCGGCGUAUCCCCGCUAAGGAGUGUCUUUUCGUGCUCAUGGAUGCCAAUGCCCAGACCGGAGGAGGGAUAGCCAGGGAAAACGAAGGAACCAUGGGCGAGUACGGGCGCAAUGAGCUGAACGACAACGGUCGGCUGCUGCUGACCUUCGCCACAGACAACAGACUAGCGGUCCUCAACACCUUCUUCGACACACGGAGGAGCGGGAUAUGGCAUACGUUCAACGGCCCGUCGGGACGCGAACGUAGGUGCCUCGAUUACAUCCUGACGCGCCAAUCACACCGCGGCCGAGUGUCCAACAUGGAGGUCGUAUCUCAGCCAGUGCGCCCAGUCAGCGCGGACUCAGACCACAACAUCGUAGUAGCCACCGUCGAUCUCGGUGGCCGGCUGGCCCACAACCGACCUAUCCGGACAAACCCCAAACGGCGGCAGUUCAACCGACAGGAUCUGCAGGUCGAGGCAGCGCGAUGGGCGGUAUCCCAACGGUUUCUCUGCAACUUGCUCGCGAGGUCGGGCGCGCCGGCGACCACCGCUCAGGAAAUGGCGAAGGAGUUCACGGAGGCCCUGGUUGGCGCGGCGGAGACGGAGCUGUCUGAGGAACCCCGGAGGCGGCGCACCCCGGAAUGGAACAUGACCUCCGCGGCACGGGCAGCCCUGGCGACCGCCCUUGACAAGCGACGGGCGGCGCGGCAUGCCUUCAAGGCCAGACCGAACGCAGCAACGUGGAGCAUCUUCAAAGCAGCGUGCAAGGGGGUGAAGGCAACAAUCGCAACUAGCAUCUACGACCACCUGGAAAGAUACGUGACGGAGCUCGAAGCGAUCUACCAGGACCGCGACAUGCGGGGGCUGUACCAACACCUCAAGCGGUCAACGGGCCUCAGCGGGAGACAAGCUGGGGGGCAGCAGUUCGUUACAGACGAGAACGGCGUGCUGCUCCGGAACAAGAAUGCCAUCCUCAAGCGGUGGAGGAGAUUCUGC